AUGGAUUCAAUAAAUGCUAAAAUUGCGGACACAGGACUAGUACAUGGGCAUGUUGAUAAACAAAUACCUUUUAAACAAAUUUACGGCGUAAUACCUUUCGUUGCUCCCGAAAUCUUAAUGGAUAUACGUUAUCCAAAGAAAAUUUGUUCAGGACUCAGACCGAAUAUAGUCAAUGGAACUCCACUUGUUUUCGCUAGAUUAAUGUUACAAUGUUUAGAUGUUGACCCAUCUAAUAGAUCAACAGUAUCUCAACUUUACGAAUAUUUAGGAAAUUGGACUAUGACAAUUUGUGACGACCCUGAUCCAUUCGAUUUAUCUAAUCAAUUUGACGUUGCUGAAGAAAUUAGAUUCUCAAGUUUAGAAUAA